AUGCCCAGGGAAAUCAUAACGAUCCAAGCCGGCCAGUGCGGUAACAAUGUCGGCGCUCAAUUCUGGCAGCAGCUAUGUCUUGAGCACGGCAUAAGCCAGGAUGGAAACCUGGAGGAUUUCGCGACCGAGGGCGGCGAUCGUAAAGACGUCUUCUUCUAUCAGAGUGAUGAUACCCGCUAUAUUCCUCGAGCGAUCCUGCUCGAUUUAGAACCCAGGGUCCUCAAUGCCAUCCAGGCUGGUCCGUACCGAAACAUCUACAAUCCGGAGAACUUCUUUAUCGGACAACAGGGUAUUGGCGCAGGAAACAACUGGGGGGCGGGCUAUUCCGCAGGCGAGGUCGUGCAAGAAGAGAUCUUUGACAUGAUUGAUCGAGAAGCGGAUGGCAGUGACUCUUUGGAGGGAUUCAUGUUCCUGCAUUCAAUUGCAGGCGGUACGGGUUCAGGGCUGGGCAGUUUCAUACUGGAACGCAUGAAUGAUCGGUUCCCCAAGAAGUUGAUACAGACUUACUCUGUCUUUCCCGAUACGCAGUCUGCGGACGUCGUGGUCAACCCAUACAACAGUUUGCUUGCAAUGAGGAGGUUGACGCAGAAUGCGGACUCUGUGGUGGUAUUGGAUAACGGUGCACUUUCAAGAAUUGUCGCGGAUAGGCUCCACGUACAAGAGCCUUCUUUCCAGCAAACGAACCAGCUUGUUUCUACCGUUAUGUCUGCUUCUACGACGACCCUUCGAUACCCCGGCUAUAUGCACAAUGACCUCGUGGGAAUCAUCGCUUCCCUCAUCCCUACACCGCGCAGCCACUUCCUGAUCACCUCAUACACCCCGUUCACCGGCGACAACAUCGAACAGGCCAAGACAGUGCGUAAGACCACUGUUUUGGAUGUCAUGCGUCGUCUGCUGCAGCCGAAGAACCGCAUGGUCUCCAUCAACCCCAGCAAGUCCAGCUGCUACAUCAGUAUACUCAACAUAAUCCAGGGAGAAGCAGACCCGACGGAUGUGCACAAAUCACUCCUUCGUAUUCGGGAGCGACGCCUGGCAUCCUUCAUUCCCUGGGGACCAGCGAGCAUCCAAGUCGCAUUGACCAAGAAGUCACCCUACAUGCAGAAUACCCACCGCGUUAGCGGUCUGAUGCUGGCGAACCACACCUCGGUGGCGACACUGUUCAAACGUAUCGUGCAACAAUACGACCGUCUGCGGAAGCGAAACGCUUUCUUAGAGCAAUACAAGAAAGAGAGCCCCUUCUCGGACGGCCUGGGCGAGUUCGACGAAGCCAGAGCAGUGGUCAUGGAUCUCGUCGGCGAGUACGAAGCCGCGGAGAAGGAAGAUUACCUGGAUCCAGAAGCAGGAAAGGAGAAGGAGAUGGGAGUGUGA